AUGGCGCACAGGUUCGAGGAUCUGGCUCAUUACGACCCGGUCGGGGUUCAAGCCUCCAUGUACGGAGACCCGCACAACCCCCGCGCGCUGCCCGCCGUGCACCACCUGAACCACGGAGCCCCCGCACACCCCGCGCACCCCGCGCACCCCAACCCGCACUACGGGGUCCAGGCCCCGCACGGCGUCCUGCCGGGCCCGCCGGGCCCGCAGGGCCCCGCAGCGGACUCCGCCAAGAGGGACAAGGACCACAUCUACGGCCACCCCCUGUUCCCCCUCCUGGCCCUGGUCUUUGAGAAGUGUGAGCUGGCCACCUGCAGCCCCCGGGAGGCCGGCCUGGCGGCGGGAGACGUCUGCUCCUCCGACUCCUUCAACGAGGACAUCUCCAUGUUCGCCAAGCAGAUCCGCACAGAGAAACCUUUAUUUUCCUCCAACGCUGAGCUGGAUAACCUGAUGAUUCAAGCCAUCCAGGUUUUACGCUUCCACCUCCUGGAGCUGGAGAAGGUCCACGAGCUGUGUGAUAACUUCUGCCACCGCUACAUCAGCUGUCUGAAGGGCAAGAUGCCCAUCGACCUGGUGAUUGAGGACCGGGACGUCUGUAAGUCCGGCUUCGACGACCUGAGCGGACCCAACACCAGCCUGUCGGACCAGAACUCCUCGUCCUGGAGGGACAUGGACGACGACGGACACUCCACGCCGUCCCUGGGCACGCCGGGCCCGUCCAGCGGGGGACACGUCUUCCCCGGGGGGGACAGCACCAGCGAGCUGGGAGACGGCCUCGACAACAACCUGGCCUCUCCGGCCACGGGAGACGAAGACGACCAGGACAAGAAGAGGCAGAAGAAACGGGGCAUCUUCCCCAAAGUGGCCACCAACAUCAUGAGAGCCUGGCUGUUUCAGCACCUGACGCACCCGUACCCCUCUGAGGAGCAGAAGAAGCAGCUGGCUCAGGACACCGGUCUGACCAUCCUGCAGGUGAACAACUGGUUUAUCAAUGCGAGGAGGAGAAUCGUCCAGCCGAUGAUCGACCAGUCCAACAGAGCAGUGAGUCAGGGAGCGGCCUACAGUCCGGACGGCCAGCCGAUGGGGGGCUUCGUCCUGGACGGGCAGCAGCACCUGGGCCUCCGGCCUGGAGGGCCGAUGGGGGGCAUGGGCAUGAACAUGGCCAUGGACGGACAGUGGCACUACUUGUAGCUGGAUCCACGGGACUGAGG